AUGGAAUUCGGCACCGCUAUAGCUGCCCUGGCCGGUGGAACGGCUCUAGCAGCUUAUCUUGAUGCCAAAUUCCACCUCCGCAAAGAUACAGGGGUCCUGCUAGCAGUGAAACGGGGAGAGCGUGCUCUCGCGCGUGCUGUUUCCGACGGUAGAGUAAAUGCUUGGUUCGUUUUUCUAGAGACAGCAAAGAAAUACCCCAACACAACUGCGAUCUGGACCCGAGAACAGACUUUCACCUACCGUGAUCUCCAUGAAAAAGCUUGCCAAUAUGCCCAUUAUUUCCUAUCUGAAGGAGUGCAAAAGGGCGACCUAGUCGCUUUCUACCUCCAGAAUCGCGCAGAGUUUCUGUUCGCAUGGAUUGGUCUGUGGAGCAUUGGCUGCGCACCAGCCGCAAUCAACUACAACCUUUCAGGCGAAGCUCUGAUCCACUGCUUGAAGAUUAGCGGUGCAAAACUCAUACUGGCAGAUGAGGAUCCGACCUGCCUCGCAAGUAUGGAAGAUUGCCAGGCGACACUCACGACCGAACUUGGGAUGAAGCCUGUGACGCUGAACGACUCGUUCAGGGACCACAUCAGCACCUUUCCGACAACAGACCCACCGGUCGAAUUGUCUCUCAAUGUGAAGGCAGAUUUUCCUUCGAUUCUACUGUAUACGUCUGGAACAACCGGAAUGCCUAAGGCCACCGCAUUCACCACGGGCCGAAUGUUCGGCGGAUUCACCACGCGCUCUGUCGCGGUUGGCGAUAAACCAGGACCAGAUGGAGAUCGUUGGUACAGCUGCAUGCCACUUUAUCAUGGCACCGCAGCUAUCUGUGUCGGCACAGCUCUAUCACUCGGAGUCAGCGUUGCAUUAGCCCUGAAAUUCAGCGUCCGCAAUUUCUGGACUGAUAUCCGUGACAGCGACUCUACAUUCUUCGUUUACGUUGGAGAAACCGCUCGCUACCUACUCGCGCCUCCACCUUCUCCCCAGGACCGGGACCACAAAGUAAGAGGCAUGUACGGUAACGGACUUAGACCCGAUGUCUGGGAGAAAUUCCGAGAACGAUUCGGUGUCCCUGAGAUCUUCGAGUUCUUCAGUAGUAGUGAGGGUGUUUUCAACUUGAUUAAUGGCAAUGCUGGUCCAUUUACAGCUGGAUGUGUUGGUCAUCAUGGCGCACUGCUGCGUGGGAUUUUCCGGAAUACCUACGUUCCUGUUUCUAUUGACUCGGAGACUGGCGAGGUUCUUCGCGACAGCAAGACUGGAUUCGCUAUUCGUCCUUCUUUGGAGGAAGGUGGUGAGAUCCUUGUCAAUAUUCCGAGUGAGGAGGUUUUCCAAGGGUACUGGAAAAAUGGGUCAGCCACACAGAAGAAAUUCCUACGUGAUGUAUUCGUCAAGGGUGAUUUGUAUUACCGUACUGGUGAUGCUCUUCGUCGUCAGGAUGAUGGCCGUUGGUACUUUGUCGAUCGGCUUGGUGACACAUUCCGCUGGAAGAGUGAGAACGUUUCAACUGCGGAAGUUGCCGAGGUUCUGGGUCGAUUCCCCGGUAUCCAAGAAGCCAACGUCUACGGUGUCCUCAUUCCCAACCACGAAGGUCGCGCCGGUUGUGCAGCACUUCAAAUUGCUCCCGAGGCACGGAAAAGUCUUGACUACGCGGAACUCGCUCGCUUUACGCGCUCUAAGCUGCCUCGUUAUGCCGUCCCUGUGUUCCUGCGUGUGGUUGAAAACUCUAGCCACAUCCACAACAAUAAGCAGAACAAAGUGCCACUCAGAGAUGAAGGCGUUGAUCCGGCAUUGAUUGGUACUAAGGUACCUGAAGGCAAGGAAGAUCAUUUCUUGUGGCUCGGCCCCGGUGAGGAGGCAUACAAGCCCUUCGGAGAGAAGGAUUGGGCACGUCUGACAGAGGGUGGUGCUCGCCUGUAA